UUGUAAGGCCCAAACGAUGGCGUGCUCAGCCCGUGGCAUAUAUACAUGGCGUCUAACCCUAGCCACACGCACGUCACUCGCCUCUCAUUCAUCCAGCCGCCGCCGCCGCCGCCGCUGCCCUGCCUCUUGCCGCGUCGUCGUUGCUCCUGUCACUCCUCCAGUCCUUCGGUGGGGGCAAGGUUUGGAUCCAGGCGGUGGACGGUCGGGCCUGGAAGGCGACGGCAGCGAGCUUGCCAUCCACGACCGUGAGCUCGCCGGGUCACACGACCACCGCGGCAGCGCGCUUCCGGCCGGGCGGCGGCGGCGGCGCUGUAGAUCCGGUCCACUACAUGGUAGUUCUGGCGCCAGUGCAGUCCCUUUGGCAAAAAUCGCAAGCAGAUUCUUAAUCCUGUGGCAGCACAUGUACGUGGGGAGGAUGAGUGACAACGUAAGCAUUUGCACAUGGUGGUCAUCAAGUCAAGGACAAGGUGCUGCUGAUGUGCGGUCAAUGACAAGAACAUUAGAGCUGUCUCAGCUAGGAGCAAUUCCUUAUGAGUUGCAGCAGAUUGAUGCCCUGCCAAGCUCCAGGCUCAAAUGGAGGCUCAGAUGGGGUCAGUAGGGCUACGAUCAAAGAUGGCUGAGUUAGAGAAGCAAGCUGAGAGGCAGCAAGAAAAAAUGAAGAAGAAACUGAGAAGCUAAAGCAGCAAGCAAGUGAAUCCAAGGUUCCUUCGCUUCUUGUUUGGCAACAAGUUUGUGUUGCGCUAUUACUGUAGUUGUGUUGCUGCUGCACUUAUGUUCCAGCAAGUUGAAAUUUGAGACUUGAGACUUAUCUAAUGUGCAAUGAAUUGGUGGAUGGAUGUAAUGGUAUUGAAUUUGAAUCUGAUUUAGUAUGUGUUGAAAAGUUAUAUAGACACAAUUGUAUGUGAUGAAAUAUUGUAUA